AUGGGAGACGAAGACGUCCAGGCUUUGGUUAUCGACAAUGGCUCCGGCAUGUGCAAAGCCGGCUUCGCCGGAGAUGAUGCGCCCCGCGCUGUCUUCCCUUCCAUCGUGGGUCGUCCACGUCAUCAGGGUGUCAUGGUCGGUAUGGGUCAGAAGGACAGCUACGUCGGCGACGAGGCUCAAUCCAAGCGUGGUAUUCUCACCUUGAAGUACCCCAUUGAACACGGCAUCGUCACCAAUUGGGACGACAUGGAGAAGAUAUGGCAUCACACUUUCUACAAUGAGUUGCGUGUUGCCCCCGAAGAACAUCCAGUCCUCCUGACUGAGGCGCCACUCAAUCCAAAGGCAAAUCGUGAAAAAAUGACCCAGAUCAUGUUCGAGACCUUCAAUACCCCCGCCAUGUAUGUCGGUAUCCAGGCGGUGUUGUCGCUGUACGCC